GCCAUGGGCGCCAGGAGAGCCCCCCAAAGGCCAGCAUGCACUGCACGUUUUGUCCUUUUGGCCAUCCUGCUUGGUCUGGCAGCCUCUAACAUGAGCCUUUUUGAGAAGUGUAUGAAAGACCCUGAUUAUGAGCAUCUACUCAAGGUGGUGACCUUGGGCCUCAAUCGGACCCUGAAGCCCCAGAAGGUGAUAGUGGUUGGUGCGGGUGCAGCCGGGCUGGUAGCCGCCAAGGUGCUCAGUGAUGCAGGACACAAGGUCACCAUCCUGGAGGCAGAUAACAGGAUUGGAGGCCGUAUCUUAACCCAUCGGGAUUGGAAGACAGGCUGGAUAGGGGAGCUGGGGGCCAUGCGAAUGCCCAGCUCCCACAGGAUCCUGCACAAGCUCUGCAAGACACUGGGCCUCAACCUGACUCAGUUCACACAGUAUGAUGAGAACACGUGGACGGAGGUGAAUGAUGUGAAGCUGCGCAACUAUGUGGUGGACAAGAUGCCAGAAAAGUUGGGCUACGACCUGAGCUACAGGGAGAAGGGCCGGUCCCCAGAGGACAUCUACCAGAUGGCACUCAACAAGGCCCUCAAAGACCUCAAGGCCUUGGGCUGCAAGAAAGCCAUGAAGAAGUUCAACAAGCACACGCUCCUGGAAUACCUCCUCAGGGAGGGCAACCUGACCCGGCCGGCCGUGCAGCUUCUGGGAGACGUGAUGUCCAAGGAGGGCUUCUUCUACCUCAGCUUCGAAGAGGCCUUACGUGCGCACAGCUGCCUGAGCGACCGAAUCCGGUACAGCCGCAUUGUGGGUGGCUGGGACCUGCUUCCGCGCGCACUGAUGAGCUCGCUGCCCGGGUCGGUGAUGUUGAAUUCGCCAGUGGUGGCGAUCACUCAGGGGAUGCACAAUGUGCACGUGCAUGUCGCUUCCUCGCUCCAGUCUCCCAACCUGAAGAUGCUGACAGCCGACCAGGUGUUGCUGACGGCCAGUGGGCCUGCUCUGCAGCGCAUCACCUUUUCGCCGCCCCUGUCACGUAGGAGGCAGGAGGCACUGCGCUCGCUACACUACGUGGCAGCCAGCAAGGUUUUCCUGAGUUUCCGCCGGCCCUUCUGGCGCGAGGAGCACAUUGAAGGCGGCCACUCCAACACCGACCGCCCAUCGCGCCUCAUAUUUUAUCCAGCGCCGGGCGAGGGCGCGCUGCUGCUGGCCUCGUACACAUGGUCAGACGCCUCAGCUCCCUUCGCUGGACUGAGCACUGACCAGGCCAUGCGUGUAGCGCUCAAGGACGUGGCAUCCCUGCACGGGCCAGCAGUGUUCCGGCUAUGGGACGGCACAGGCGUCGUCAAGCGCUGGGCAGAGGACCCACACAGCCAAGGAGGCUUCGUGGUGCAGCCACCAUUGUUCGGGCAGACGGACGAGGACUUUGACUGGUCAUCCCCCUAUGGCCGCAUCUACUUCGCGGGUGAGCAUACAGCCCACCCGCAUGGCUGGGUAGAGACUGCUGUCAAGUCCGCGUUGCGGGCCGCAGUGAAGAUCAAUAACCACGGGUUCGGGGCAAGCAGCCCCGAGAAACCAGUGGCCAGCCUCCAGGAGCAGAAGCCCAGCUCUGUGGAGCAGUUGUUCCAGGGAACAAAGCCCUCCAAGCAGCAACCUAUGUUCAUGGAGGCUAUCCCUGCACUGCAAGGGCACAUGUUUGAGGAGCGCAUCCCCCAGAAGGGGCGUGCGCAUCUGCACCAGAAUGCCAACCCCAAAGUGCGUGAACAUGGAGAACACAGGCAAGUGGGAUUUGGUCCCCAGCAACACACACAUCUGCGUGGAGAGGCGGGCCAUUCUUCGUGGAAAGGGGAUGUGGACACCCAGCUCCCAACCCAGCCCUUCUCUCUAGAGCAGACCACCCAGGAUGAUGGCCCACAAUAAAGUUAUUUUUGUUAAA